CAAACACCCGCGAGAGCAAAGUUUAGGAAGCAAAACCCUAGCCAGCCCAGUAUUUAAAAGGUCGCCAGAGAGGAAUCUAGAGUUUCUUUCAUUUCUUCUGCCCUCCUUCGAUCCCACAGCUGUUGUACCUUCUCCGUUAGAACAGAUCAAUGGCAUCGGAGAAGAAGCUCUCGAACCCGAUGAGGGAGAUAAAGGUCCAGAAGCUGGUUCUCAACAUCUCCGUCGGUGAAAGCGGAGAUCGUCUCACCCGAGCCGCGAAGGUUUUGGAACAGCUGAGUGGACAAACACCGGUGUUCUCUAAGGCGAGAUACACUGUUCGAUCUUUUGGGAUCAGGCGUAAUGAAAAGAUUGCUUGCUAUGUCACUGUUAGAGGGGACAAAGCUAUGCAACUUUUGGAGAGUGGGUUGAAAGUAAAAGAAUACGAGCUGUUGAGAAGAAACUUUAGUGACACUGGGUGCUUCGGCUUUGGUAUUCAGGAGCACAUUGAUCUUGGAAUUAAGUAUGAUCCAUCAACAGGCAUUUACGGCAUGGACUUCUAUGUGGUAUUGGAACGACCAGGGUACCGCGUGGGCCGUCGCAGGAGGUGCAAGUCUCGUGUUGGGAUCCAGCAUCGGGUGGUCAAGGAGGAUGCCAUGAAAUGGUUCCAGGUCAAAUAUGAGGGUGUUAUCCUUAACAAGUCGCAAAACAUAGGUUCCUAGAAAUUGGCCUAUUUAUUUCGAAUUUUGCGAGUUAUGCUUACAUAUGAUGCUGACAAGGAGAUGGAACUCUUGCCUUCUCUUUUCUUCUCUUGUCUGUGUUCUUUGCGGGGAUUUAGAUCAGGUCUAGUUGUUUUUGCAGUUGCGCAGUUGGAAUUAGUUCUAUUUUACUAGAUGAUUUGUUUGUGUUGACGUUAUUCCUUUGAAACAUUUCAGAUUGUGGGCCCCACUGGAUGGUGAAUAGCUCAUAAGUAAGCAUGACAAAAUCCUGUCUGAUGCUCUUA